AUGCCAAUUACUCAGGUCCCGAUUGUUGGAAGUCCGUCCUACUAUCCCUCCAACGGUCAAAUUCUUUUUGCUGCCCCUCCGAUAUACUCAGCUCGACCUCUAAUCCAGGCACCAUUCCCGGAGGGUUGUUAUAAUUCUCAUCCGACCCCGUUUCCCCAUCCAGCGCCGCCUGCUCAUCAUAGCUACGUUCCGGGCCUUCAAGUCAUCCAACAUCCUCCUGAUCACUCUACCUAUAUUCCUAAUAGAUUGGAACACUCGCACAAAGAAGUUCCCGGCCUUGAGCAGCGCUGUGGCUCCAAUUCAAGCGUCGAGUGUGCUCCUGACAGGUUCUACCACAGAUCAUUGGCCCAUCCUGAUCAAAGCAGCUCCCACAUGAUUGCGGUCGACCGACCUCCAUUGAGACCCACACCAUCACAGCUACCGGGUCCUACAAAGGUGCAUCAGUCUUCUAAGACGGCUAAGACUGAUACCAGGAUCCCUAUUGAUGUCGAUAUUGAUGCUCUUCUCAUUCAGGCACCUUCCAUUCCACCUGGCGUCUUAACUACUCGUAGCAACUGGAAUCUCGACCAGAGCUUGUCAAACCCGAUUGACGGCAACCGCAAUGUCUAUAUCUGUGGACUUCAUCCCACCACAGAUCAUGACACUCUUACAGCCUACGCCAGGCGAUUCGGAAGGAUCGAAACAUGCAAGGUCAUCAUUGACAUAUCCACUGGGGCUUGCCAAGGCUUCGGAUUUGCAAAGUAUUUCAAUGUCCAAUGUUCUGAGCUCUGCAUCCGUGGUUUCCAUAAGCUUGGGUAUAAAGUUGGCUUCGCAAAGGAUUCAUUAAAUGCUCGACUUAAGGCCAAAGGUGACGAACUUUCAACAAACCUUUAUGUCUCGAACUUGCCGAUGAAUAUAACUAAAUCUGGACUUUGCGCCAUUUUCAAGGGCUAUAAAGUCAUAUCCAGCAAAAUUUGUCCCAGUACCUCGAGUUACAGCAGUGGAGUUGAAACUUUGCUAAUACGUUUAUGUGGCUUCGAAUCUCGUAAGGACUGCGACGAGAUCAUCAAGAAGUUCCACGGCCGGCCUAUUUGCGGAGGUGGUCAUUCCCUUCAAGUUCGCUAUGCUGAUACCUCAGCUCAGAAAGAUCUCAAAAGCGUCACGUUCCAGGCCAGGAAGCAUAACGUUAGUGCCUACAGAGGUGAUACGUCGAGUCCUCCACCUGCGUCGGCAUCUCCAACCCUUCGUCGUACUGAGAGUGCCCACCAACUUUCUCGGUCCUCCAGUCAUUCUGGAAGUAAUCUUCAGAGGUAA